UUUAUGUUCAUAACAUAGAUAAGAUACACAUAAAGUAAGCCCUAUCUCUAUCCUUGUGUAUGUAAUUUCUCUCCCUUGUCAUGGAUUCACCAUCUCUAUUCCUCUCCUCUUAUCCACUCUUCAACAAAAACCACCCUAAAACCCAGAAAUUCCCCACCUUCAAAGCCUCCUCUUUACUCUCAAACCAUCACACACCACACUCUUCACCCCAAUCCUCUACAUCUUCUCCUCAACCCUGCAAGAAUAUAUCAUUUUCCACACUCCAAACCCAUUCUCCUAGCUCACUUCAAAACCUUCUCUUUCCCCAAAAUCUCUUAUCAAAAUCUUGCUUUUCAUUAACUGUGAUUGACCUCUUUGCUUCUCUUCCAUCCCUUGCUGACGAAGCUGCAGCAUCAUCCCCUUUAGUUGAGUCAGAUGCAGGCAAAAUCAACUUGGAAGAAAUUCUGGUCUCCAUUGAUAAUUUCUUCAACAGAUACCCAUUUUUUGUUGCUGGGGUUACCUUCAUUUGGCUUGUUGUUAUACCAAUUGCACAAGAGUAUUUCAGGAAGUACAAGUUUGUGUCAGCCAUUGAUGCUUUCAGGAAACUAAGGGAUGACCCUGAUUCGCAACUCUUGGAUAUCAGGGACAGAAAGAAUGUGAAGUUUUUGGGGUCCCCCAACUUGAAACUGUUGAAUAAGGAAGCGGUGAAGGUUGAGUUCACAGAGGGAAACGAAGAUGGGUUUGUGAAGAAGGUUUUGGGGAGAUUCAAGGAACCUCCAAACACUGUUCUCUGUGUUUUGGACAGUUUUGACGGUAAUUCAUUGAAAGCUGCUGAGUUGCUAUUCAAGAAUGGCUUCAAAGAGGUCUAUGCGAUCAGAGGUGGAGUUAGAGGACAGCAAGGGUGGAUGGCUAUACAGGAUAGCCUUUUGCCGCCAUCAGUGCACAUUAAAAGAAGGAAGAAGAAAAAAGCUUCACAAGAAGUCGGUGCAAAUGGAAAUGGAGCCAUUCAGCAAAAUGAUAGUAAUUAUGAGAGCGCCUCAACCCCUGAUAUUCCUGCAGAUGGAAAUCAAGAAAAAGAGAAUGGUCAUGUGAAAAGGUCUGAAGAGUCUGUUCCAGAAGGGAAAAUCAGUUCAGUAGUUUCUUCCUCUCCCUAUCCCAAUUACCCAGAUUUGAAGCCACCAUCAUCACCAACUCCUUCAAAGCCACAAUAGUGAUGUUGGUUAAUAUUACCAUACUCAACAUGGAGAUGAUCAAAGUACUAUGAUUGAGUUGAAUAUGACUUGGGAGAUUAGUAAAAUGAUUUCCUCAACUUGGAGGUCAAAUCUUACUUUGAUUUUUAACGUUACAAAUGUCUUAUUUUAAUGCCAAAAAAUUUUUAACGGAUUCAAUGCUGUGUUAAAUUUUACUCGAAUAAUUAAUAGAAAAGCUUUUAUAUUAGUGAUCA